UCAGAUGACACUUGAGAGAACUUUGGUCUGUGGUUUGUUUCCUGUUCAGCAGCAGAAUCACUUCACAGACAUUCAACAGCUUCAUGAUGAUUAUUUCUCACCAUCAGAAGCAGGUGGCGCUCUGCUAUGAAUCAGAUCAAGGACAGUGAAGAGGAAGCUCCGCCCUCUAAAACCACUCUGUGUGAGGAACAUGAGGGUCAGAGGAGGAUCCAUCAACAGAGACCAGACUCUGCCAGACCUGGACCUGGACCCAGCUGUGUCUCCAUGUCGAGUGACUGGUCCAUGGAAGAACCUUUGAACUUCAAACAAGAACAAAGGACGAUCCAUCAACAGGGACCAGACUCUGCCAGACCUGGACCUGGACCCAGCUGUGUGUCCAUGAAGAGUGACCAGUCUAUAGAUCGUUAUAUUAACUUCAAGGAUGGACAAAAACAUGGUGAACUGAUAGUUGAUCAGCAGAGGACAGAGGUUCUCAGUGGUCAGUCUGUCCAGCAGCAUGGAGCAGACCUGGACUCCAUAUUUAAGCUGCUGGAGGAGAACAUCAUCUGCUUUGUGAAGAAUGAGCUGAAGAAGAUCCACAAAGUUCUGGAUACAGAUCAUACAGAAGUCUUAGAGAGUCAGAGGGAGGAUGAGGAGCAGAGGAGCAGCAAAGAGGCCUUUCUGAAGAUCACAGAGGACUUCUUAAGGAGGAUGAAGCAGGAGAAGCUAGCUGACAGUAAGAUGACUUUUAAUGUGAAAGGAAGAACAUCUUAUUUUCUCAAGGAUCCACUCACUGAUUCAUUGUUUUGUGUUCUUUCAGAAACCAGAGCUUCAGCUUGUCAACGUGAAUUCAAAUCAAACCUGAAGAAGAAGUUCCAGUGUUUGUUUGAGGGCGUGGCUAAAGCAGGAAACCCCACCCUUCUUAAUGAGAUCUUCACAGAGCUCUACAUCACAGAGGGAGAGACUGGAGAGGUCAAUAAAGAACAUGAGGUCCGACGGAUUGAAAGAGCUUCCUGGAAACCAGACAGACCAGAAACAACCAUCAGACAAGAAGACAUCUUUAAAGCCUCAGCUGGAAGAGACAGACCAAUCAGAAGAGUGAUGACAAAGGGCGUGGCUGGCAUUGGGAAAACAGUGUUAACACAGAAGUUCACUCUGGACUGGGCUGAAGACAAAAGCAACCAGGACAUGCAGUUCAUGUUUCCCUUCACCUUCAGAGAGCUGAAUGUGCUGAAAGAGAAGAAGUUCAGUUUGGUGGAACUUAUCCAUCACUUCUUCACUGAAACCAAAGAAGCAGGAAUCUGCAGGUUUGAAGACUUUAAGGUGGUCUUCAUCUUUGAUGGUCUGGACGAGUGUCGACUUCCUCUGGACUUCCACAACACUGAGAUCCUGACUGAUGUCACAGCGUCCACCUCAGUGGACGUUCUGCUGACAAACCUCAUCAGGGGGAAACUGCUUCCCUCUGCUUGCCUCUGGAUAACCACACGACCUGCAGCAGCCAAUCAGAUCCCUCCUGACUGUGUGGACAUGGUGACAGAGGUCAGAGGGUUCAUGGACCCACAGAAGGAGGACUACUUCAGGAAGAGGUUCAGACAUGAGGAGCAGGCCAGGAGGAUCAUCUCCCACAUCCAGACAUCACAAAGCCUCCACAUCAUGUGCCACAUCCCAGUCUUCUGCUGGAUCACUGCAACAGUUCUGGAGAACAUGCUGAAAACCAGAGAUGGAGGAGAACUGCCCAAGACCCUGACUGAGAUGUACAUCCACUUCCUGGUGGUUCAGUCCAAAGUGAAGAGGGUCAAAUAUGAUGGAGGAGCUGAGACAGAUCCACACUGGAGUCCAGAGAACAGGAAGAUGAUUGAGUCUCUGGGGAAACUGGCUUUUGAGCAGCUGCAGAAAGGAAACCUGAUCUUCUAUGAAUCAGACCUGACAGAGUGUGGCAUCGAUAUCACAGCAGCUUCAGUUUACUCAGGAGUCUUCACUCAGAUCUUUAAAGAGGAGAGAGGCCUGUACCAGGACAAGGUCUUCUGCUUUGUCCAUCUGAGUGUUCACGAGUUUCUGGCUGCUCUUCAUGUUCAUCUGACCUUCAUCACCUCUGGAACAAAUCUGUUGUCAGAAGAACCAACAACGAGCCAGUGGUCCAGACCGUUUAGAAAAAAACGCCAGCGCUCCAUACAAACAAACAAACCUGAACUGAAUCAUCUGCACCAGAGUGCUGUGGACGAGGCCUUACUGAGUCCAAAUGGACACCUGGACUUGUUCCUCCGCUUCCUCCUGGGUCUUUCACUGGAGACCAAUCAGAAGCUCUUAAGAGGUCUAAUGACACAAACAGGAAGUGGUUCACAGACCAAUCAGAAAACAGUUGAGUACAUCAAGAAGAAGAUUGGUGAGAAUCUGUCAGCAGAGAGAAGCAUCAACCUGUUCCACUGUCUGCAUGAACUUAAAGACCAUUCUCUAACUGAAGAGAUCCAAUGGUUCCUGAGUUCAGGACGCCUGUCCACAGAGACACUGUCUCAUGCUCAGUGGUCAGCUCUGGUCUUCAUCUUACUGUCAUCAGGAAAAGAUCUGGAAGAGUUUGACCUGAAGAAAUACUCUGCUUCAGAGGAGGUUCUUCUGAAGCUGCUGCCGGUGGUCAAAGCCUCCAACAAAGCUCUACUGAGUGGCUGUAAUCUCUCAGAGAGAAGCUGUGAAGCUCUGUCCUCAGUCCUCAGCUCUGUGUCCUCUAGUCUGAGACACGUGGACCUGAGUAACAACGAGCUGCAGGAUUCAGGAGUGAAGCUGCUGUGUGAUGGACUGAAGAGUCCUCACUGUUCUCUGGAGACUCUCAGUCUGUCAGGUUGUCUGGUCUCAGAGGAAGGAUGUUCUUCUCUGACCUCAGCUCUGAACUCCAACCCCUCUCAUCUGAGAGAACUGGACCUGAGCUACAAUCAUCCAGGAGACUCAGGAGAGAAGCUGCUGUCUGCUGGACUGAGGAGUCCAAACUGGAGACUGGACACUCUCAGGAUGGACCAUGCUGGAGAGCAGAGGUUAAAACCUGGUCUCAGGAAGUAUUCAUGUGAACUGGAACUGGACACAAACACAAUGAACAGAAACCUCAAACUGUCUGACGACAACAGGAAAGUGACCUGUGUGACAGAAGAUCAGUGGUAUCCUGGUCAUCCAGACAGAUUUGAGUUCUGGUCUCAGCUGCUGUGUAGACCUGGUCUGACUGGUCGCUGUUACUGGGAGGUCGAGUGGAGAGGAACUGUUUAUAUAUCACUGAGUUACAGAGGAAUCAAGAGGAAAGGCAACAGUUCUGACUGUGUGUUUGGACGUAAUGAUCAGUCCUGGAGUCUGAGGUGCUCUGAUGUUCAUGGUUAUUCUGUCUGUCACUGUGGGACACAAAAACCCAUCAUGUCCUCUGUCUCUCACAGAGUAUCAGUGUAUGUGGACUGUCCUGCUGGGACUCUGUCCUUCUACAGUGUCUCCUCUGAGUCACUGAUCCACCUCCACACCUUCAGGACCACAUUCACUGAACUGGUUUAUCCUGGGUUCCGGGUCUGUCGUGGUUCCUCAGUGUCUCUGUGUUCUCUGUACGACAUGAAGAGACAGCAGCUUCAGUGGUGGACGAGGUCUCACUGUUUAUAAUGUGAUGUUAAAGCUCGCCUCAGGUAUUCAUUGGUAUAAAUGCAGGGGGAGGAGCAUUCACAACAUUUAACACCAAAUUAUUUUCACUUUCAUUUAUCAAAAAUAUUCCAUAACACCAUAUAAUGUUUUUAUAUGUUUUUAUAAUACAAUUCUAAGUCUAUACAUUAAAAUGUUGAAUGAUAAACAUAAAUGUCAGAGAACUUACAUAUGUGCUAUAUAAAUAUGAAUAAGUCAUAUUCUAAAGACCACAAGACAAACAUGUUUAACCUUUGUUCAAUACUUCCUACCAAGGUUGAGUGGCUUUUUCAAGAAGUUGUGAAGCUCUGUCCUCACGCUGGUUUUAAAUGUGUCACUUUGUAAUUGAAUAGUCGUGAGUGAAUGUAACUUUUUAAAUAAAAUUCAUGUUUGGCUUA